CUCGAAUCAGUGGGCGCGAUCCCGACCCUCUCUCCUCACUGCACGGCCCUAUCCCCUGUGCCCACUUAGUGACCCCCCUCCCCCCAUCCUGGCUUUCAACCACCUGAACUAUUAUCGAUGCAGUUACGGCCAAUUCGCGCCUACGAGUACUAGAACGUGGCUUUCUCGCCGUGCCGGCCGUCUUGCAAUUUUCCUGUGAUCUGAAUUUCUUCACCCUUUCUUCCCCUAUCCAAUAGCCGCCACCCCCAUACACUCAGGUCAAAUUCGGUUCCCGACGGGAUGAUAACAGCUGGCGCUUGAUCUACUUGGGACUUCAAAUUUUCCCCUUCCGUACGGACAAAGCAUGAGAAAUGUCAAGGUCCGAAACGCCCGCGCUACCUCUUCAUAAUGCCCGGACCGAUUCAAGGCCUCAGUCGACGACGCCUGCGGGCGUGCGCUCUACUAUAGCCCCAUCAACAUCCACCUCGACGUAUUCCUUACUGAGCCCCCAAGAAACUGCUGAGCGAUUGCAAACCUCUCUCAUUCAUGGAUUGACCCCCGCGGAGGCGGAGGUUCGACUCGCACGCGAUGGACCAAACGAAUUACCUCAUGAAGACCCGGAGCCUAUAUGGCUCCGCUUUCUGAAGCAGUUUCGCGAGACUCUGAUCCUGCUGCUUCUGGCCUCUGCAGGUAUAUCCUUCAUCAUGGGUAAUUACGACGAUGCAAUCAGCAUUACCCUCGCCGUCACGAUCGUCGUCAGCGUCGGCUUCGUCCAGGAAUACCGGUCGGAAAAGUCUCUCGAAGCUUUGAACCGUCUCGUCCCGCACCAUGCGCAUCUGAUUCGCGAUAUUCCCUCGAAUGGGCCCCCUAUGGCAAGUUCGGUCCCGGCAGUCAAUGGAGAGGUCGAACUGCAGGAGCUUCAAAGCAAGAGUCCGUCUAUCUCUAACGCCGUCAAAGCGUCAACCACGGUCCCAGCAAACGAAUUGGUGCCUGGUGAUUUGGUUUUAUUCACCGUUGGAGACCGUAUCCCAGCCGAUAUCAGGAUUACAGCAGCCACGGAUUUAGCCAUUGACGAAUCCAAUCUGACUGGCGAGAAUGAACCAGUGGUCAAGUAUUCGGACGCCAUUCGCAGUUCGAAGCCCGUCUCGUUACAACCCCCUCGAUCGCCAUUAUACGAUGCCCCCGCCAGCGGCGCCGUUGGCGCAGAUAUUCGAUUGAAUGAACAACACAAUAUCGCGUUCAUGGGGACUUUGGUACGCUCCGGAUAUGGACAGGGGAUUGUCAUUGGAACUGGUGCGCAGACAGAAUUUGGUAGCAUUUCGGCCUCGCUUCAGGAAAUCGAAAGCCCACGAACUCCCCUGCAGCUGUCAAUGGAUCGGCUCGGUCAAGAGUUGAGCUACAUAUCGUUCGGUGUUAUUGGAUUGAUUGUUGUGAUUGGAUUGAUUCAGGGUCGGAAGCUUCUCGAGAUGUUCACUAUUGGUGUCUCGCUCGCGGUUGCCGCGAUUCCGGAAGGACUUCCAAUCAUUGUUACGGUGACUUUGGCACUGGGAGUAUUGCGCAUGGCCAAGAGAGGAGCUAUCAUGCGAAGGCUGCCCAGUGUCGAGACUUUGGGCUCAGUCAAUGUUGUAUGCAGUGACAAAACCGGUACGCUAACUCUAAAUCAUAUGACUGUCACCAAAAUGUGGCACUUCGAUUGCGCGGAGCCAUUUGAGGUACAUAACGACAUUGCAUCGCUGACCCCAGGUCCCGCGGCCCGGACUGUGCUUCGCAUCGGCAACAUUGCCAAUAAUGCCAGAUUAUCCCGUGUACAUGCAAAUUCCCCGGCCAGUGCAUCCUCUGCUGCCGUACUAUCUUCAACUGAUGACACGGCUUCGGGAAGUGUUCGGAGCAGAUGGGUUGGGCAGCCGACUGAUGUUGCUAUACUCGACCUACUGGAUAUAUUUGGUGAGGACGAUGUGCGCGAUCGAAUCAGCGCUCGCGUUGCAGAAACCCCCUUUAGCUCCGAGCGCAAAUGGAUGGGUGUGAUUAUUGGCAGCGGCACACCUGGCGAAUCAACCUCAGUCGCCGCUCCGGGAGGCACUAACAUGGCCUAUAUCAAGGGUGCACUUGAGCAGGUUCUCGCGCGUUGCGAUACCUACCUGACCAAGGAUGGACGGGAAGUGAUCCUGGAUGAACCUCGACGGCAAACCGUACGGCAGGCGGCGGAGCAUAUGGCAUUGGAAGGCCUAAGAGUCCUCGGUUUCGCUAGUGGUGUAUCCAGGGAUGGUGUGAAGGGGAGAACUCUUGGCAGCCGAUCCGGUACCCCCGUAUCACGCACUAGUCAAGGCGAUGAUGAUGAUCGGUACACCGGACUCGUCUUUGCUGGGUUGGUAGGCAUGAAUGAUCCUCCUCGCAAGGAUGUGCACAAAUCUAUUCGGCGGUUGAUGGCUGGAGGGGUGCGAAUCAUCAUGAUCACUGGAGAUGCCGAGACCACUGCAGUCGCUAUCGCUAAGAAGCUGGGAAUGCCCAUCAACAAUGCCCCGGGUUUUCGACCCGUCAUCAGUGGUGAGGAAAUCGAGCGAAUGAGCACUACCGAACUGUCUCAGGUGAUUGCCUCUACUUCGAUCUUCGCCCGCACGAGUCCAGAUCAUAAGAUGAAGCUAGUUCGCGCCUUGCAGGCCCGCGGAGACGUGGUGGCCAUGACGGGAGACGGUGUCAACGAUGCACCAGCUUUGAAAAAGGCGGACAUUGGAAUCUCUAUGGGCAAGCUGGGAACGGACGUUGCCAAGGAGGCGGCGGAUAUGAUCUUGACUGACGACGACUUCUCAACCAUUCUUCGAGCCAUCGAGCAGGGCAAGGGUAUCUUCUAUAACAUCCAGAACUUCAUCACCUUCCAGCUCAGCACUAGUGUGGCUGCUCUUAGUCUCGUACUGUUGAGCACAACUUUGGGCUUCAAGAAUCCAUUAAAUGCGAUGCAGAUCCUUUGGAUUAACAUUCUCAUGGAUGGGCCCCCAGCGCAGUCUCUGGGCGUCGAGCCAGUCGAUCCUUCUAUCAUGAACCGCCCUCCACGUCCGAGGUCAGCUCGUGUCCUAACAAGACCACUUAUUCAGAGGGUUCUUACUUCGGCAAUCGUAAUCAUGCUCGGGACCUUGGCUAUCUACGUUUAUGAGAUGGGCGAUGUCGAUGAUAUCGGUCAUCCCGGCAAACGUGCGCGCGUGGUCACCGCCCACGACACAACAAUGACAUUCACAUGCUUUGUACUGUUCGAUAUGUUCAACGCCCUAACCUGUCGCAGUGAGGGCAAGUCAGUGCUGCGGGGCGAGAUUCCGCUCUUUGGCAAUAAGAUGUUUAACUACGCCGUGCUGGGCUCUUUAGCUGGCCAGGCGUGUGUCAUCUACCUACCAUUCUUGCAGCGGGUAUUUCAGACGGAGGCGCUGAACCUGGCGCACCUUUUCAAGCUGGUAUGUAUUUCCAGCAGUGUGUUCUGGGUAGAUGAGGCACGGAAGUAUUAUAUGGCUCUGCAGCGGCGAAGGGCCGUGGGGGUGGGAUACAGCUCCAAUGUCUGAUACGUACACAAGUAUGGGUAUUGGUCGUGUUCGAGUCUCCGGGUAAUUAAUGUCACUAUGGCUUGGAUGUGUUUAAAGCAACUGCUAAGGUUAUGUAUCUUGAUAUUGACGGAUAGAGAAACGCGUGUAUGGCUAGCAUUUGCAUUAAAG